GGUAAAAGUCUACCUUUCAUAUUAGCUACGUUAAUGGUACUAGACGGAGUAAUACUAGUUAUUAUCCCGCUAAAGGCCCUUCGAGAUAACCUUAUCCGCCGUUAUCAUAAUGGUAGUAUUACUAUAGAAGUAUUCGACCCUACGCACCCCCCUCACGGGACGUCUAUUAUUAUUAUUACGCCCGAGUCUAUAAAAGGCGAACUGUUUAUAUAG